AUGAACGGAAACGGACCAAGAGGAAACGGCGGACAACCGCCAGCGCAACCACAACAACAGCAGCAGCCACCGCAAAAUAACAACAAUAAAGGCUCAAGUUCGUAUCGUGGAGGCAACGGCGGAGCGCCGAGUAACAAUUCAGUGCAUAAACAAAAUGAUUACUGGAGUAAGAAUGGCAAAGACGAAAAAAUGCAGCCGAAAGCAUAUUAUCAGCGAAACGAUAGAUAUCAAGCUCGCGCAAAUCCGCAUGCUCCGCCAAAAUUGACGCCAGCUCAGCGGAAAGAACGAGGUCCGCUGCCUCGUUGGGAUGAUAUAACUGAUGGCGACGAUAAUUUUGACUACAUGAACUUGAUGGAAUUGCAGUAUUCGCAAUAUUAUUCGUAUCCACAGCCAUUUGAUCAUACGCUUGAUCCGCAUUCAGCGACAAUAAUGAUUCAGCACGCCCAACAGCACAUGGCUGCUUAUGCGCCAUUCCGUCCACCAGUUCCGCCGAUGCUCUCGCCACAUAUGAUGUCGCCACCACUUGAUCCAUCUGCUUCGCCGGUCUCAAACGGGGAUAUUAUCAACACUGCAAUUCCGUUUGCUCCAAUUUAUAAUCCACCAUUACCGCAGAGACCGGUCACAGAUGAUACACUCAAGGAAUACGUUCGAAAACAAAUCGAAUAUUAUUUUUCUGAUGAUAAUCUUCAAAAGGAUUUCUUCUUGAGACGAAAAAUGAAUAAUGAUGGUUAUCUUCCAUUGUCGUUGAUAGCGUCAUUCCCAAGAGUUCGAGCUCUUACCGAAGAUCUCUUGCUCAUUGGUGAGGGACUUCGUGAAAGCACAAAAAUUGAGUUGUCCCCUGAUGGAACUUUAAUACGUGCUCGCGAGGACCCAACGAAAUGGCCACUACCGCCUACUGUUAAUUCUGCUGAUUUGAUUGCUAGUACGUCUGGAUUUCCUCUAAGCUAUAAUCCGGUUAAGCCGAAGGCAAACGGACCACCGCCAAACGUUCCUCACCAGUUAAUACAACAACAAAUUCAAGAUUAUCAGCAGCAGCAGCGAUUGAUUCAACAACAACAACAGCAGCAGCAGCAACAGGCGCAAAAAUCACAAAAUAAUGAGCAAACCGAACAGCCUCAGCCACCACAACAAUCAGAGCAGCCGCAGACAUCACAAACAUCAGAUCGAAAAUCAGUAGACAAUUCAGAAGCUGGUUCGUCACAAUCAACUCCCUCUAGAUCGCGAACGAAUGAUUGGGAGGACGCGCGGAAUAAGAAAAAAGGAAAAGGCAGAAACUCAUCACAAAGCGACGAAAGUGAACGACGUAAUUCUGUCAAAUCGAAUAACUCGCAGUCGCAACCACCUCAGCAACAACGACAACCAUCACCGCAGCCGAGCAAUGAGCAGCCAGAGUUAGAUUUUCAGUUUGACAGUGAGAUGGACCAUCCGGCAUCACACACAACACCAAAACGGGAUAAGUCGAAAAAAGGAGAAAAAAUAAUUGUUGGAUUAACGCCUGCUGACGCUGACGAUGUAGACGAUGAUGUUAUCAGUAAACUUAUUAUUAUGACGCCGUCUAGGCGAACAAUGGACAAAACUGGUGAUUACACGACGCGCUCUCAAAAUCAUGUCGAGUUCAAUGAGGAAGUUGAAAUUGGCUUGAGACGCUAUGAAGAGGAACUUUGGAAUGCGCCAAUCGAGAAGGAGGCACCUACAUCCAAGGUUACCACGAUCAGCCAUGAAGAGUUUGUCAAGAUUCGCGGUGAGGAGCCGAAACCAGUUGAUCAAGGCCCACCGCCUGAGAUUCCACCAUCUGAUGCGAAGACGCCCCCGCCAACUAUUUGGACGAAAAAAGCAAAGGAACGUGCGCAGGCAGCUCAAGUUGUACCAAAAUCGCCAAUGCAACGCCGUGAAUCUCAAGAAGCUAAGGUGAAUCGCUUUUACCCAGUUGGAAAACCGCCAGUUGCUUUGGAUGCCAAGUCUCCUCGAAAGCAGAAAACGCGACACAGCGAUAAACCACCAGUUGAAUUGCCAGUUGGUUGGGUGCUCGGUCGCGAAGAACCACCACCGGCACCGAUUGGAGUUGCGGCGAGCUCGAGCCAAGUGCCGCCAAACCAUCCAUCGGUCUCACUUCUCAAGGAAAAUCAGUUUGUGCAGAAUGUUUAUUCGACAUGGAGAGCGUCGUGCUUGAAGCAGCGCAAGAAUGUAGGAUAUGAUUGCGCCGAAAUGAACACACUUUAUCGCUUCUGGUCAUUUUUCCUUCGUGACAAUUUCAAUAGAAAUAUGUACGAGGAAUUCCGAAAACUUGCUCUUGAAGAUGCUGAAGUUGGUUCGAGAUAUGGUAUUGAAGCUCUUUUCCGUUUCUAUAGUUAUGGAUUGGAAAAGAAAUUCCGCCCAGAAAUUUAUAAGAACUUCAUGAAAGAUGUUACAAAUGAUAUAAAGAAGGAUCAGCUUUAUGGUCUUGAAAAGCUCCUUGCAUUUUUACAAAGAUACAAGUGUGCGAAGCAACUCGUUCUUGACGAAUUUUUACAAAAAGAGCUAAAGAAGUACAAAAGCACGGAUGAUUUCAAAAAGACACCGCAGGUAAUUACAACGGCGCCAAGUAAGAAGUAA